AUGGCAAACCUAGGAAAGGACUAUUGCCCAACCAUUGGCAAUACCCCGACGAGUACACCAGAUGAAUAUACAUCACUCUUGAAUCCGCCGAUUCCACACAAUGACCAUGAAACCUCCUCGCCCGGCGCUACAGGCAAGACAAGGCAAAAUUCUCUUAUUGUUGAAUCAUGGGUCUUGCUCAAGGGCGCCGUUCCUGUCAUUCUUGCCUACAUGCUCCAAAUGAGCCUGCAGACCGUCACUGUUAUCAUUGCAGGUCGCGCCUCCCCGCUGGAUCUGGCCGUCAGUGCAUUCUCUCUCAUGUUUGCCUUGGUGACAGGAUGGAUGAUUGCACUGGGAGGAACAACUGCUCUGGAUACCUUAGCCUCAUCAACGUUUACCGGCAGCAAAAACAAAUACGACUUGGGUAUACUGCUCCAACGAGCAUUCUUGGUUCUUGGUGCCCUCUACAUACCUGUCGCUAUUAUCUGGGCAUGCUCCAAUCCCAUUUUUCUGGCUCUCGGUCAAGAUCCUCAACUUUCGUAUCAAAGUUCAAGAUUUCUGAUCUGUCUCAUUCCCGGGGGGCUCGGAUAUAUCUACUUUGAGAUCAUGAAGAAAUACUUACAGGCACAAGGCAUCAUGAGAGCGGGAACAUACGUUCUUAUGAUUACAUCACCUCUCAACGCAGCCUUGUGUUAUACCUUCUGCUAUACACUCAAUAUCGGUAUCCUCGGUGCCCCCCUCGCAGCCAACAUUUCGUACUGGUUGUCCUUCAUCCUCUUGGUUCUUUACGCAAAAUAUAUCGCCGGUUCCGAAUGCUGGGGUGGGUGGUCGCGAGAUGCUUAUAAAAACCUGGGGACGUUCACACGGCUGGCAAUUCUUGGGAUUCUACAUGUUGGUACUGAGUGGUGGGCGUUUGAAAUCGUCGCACUGGCUGCAGGUCGGCUCGGUACUAUUUCGCUCGCCUCUCAAAGUGUGAUCAUGACCGCCGAUCAGAUUAUGAACACCAUUCCGUUUGGAAUUGGCGUUUCUAUUUCAUCCCGGGUGGGUAAUCUACUAGGAUCACGAGAGGCCCAAGCAGCAAUGCGUGCUGCUCACCUGGCCACCGUACUUGCUUGUGUCUUUGGCGCGGUGGUGCUUGCUAUCCUGAUGGGCACUCGAGAUCAUUUCGCCAAGAUCUUCAACAAUGAUCCCCGUGUGAUAGAUCUCACUUCGGAGAUUAUACCAUAUGUUGCGUUGUUUCAGAUUGCAGACGGUAUUAAUGGUGCCUGUGGUGGUGUUCUGCGAGGUAUGGGGAGACAGCACUUAGGCGCGGCCGUGAACAUUGUCAGCUAUUAUUGCUUUGCUUUGCCUUUGGGUAUUUGGCUUGCAUUUCAACAUGGCUGGGGUCUUAAAGGCCUUUGGGUUGGUCAGUGUGUUGCUCUGUAUUGUGUCGGUAUUUUGGAGUGGAUCGUUGUUGCCUGCACCAAAUGGGAUGACGAGGUGCGCAACGCAUUCAAGCGUAUGGAUCAUGAGAUCUCGAAUCAUAUAAAUGAGGAACAUGUGGGUGAUGUUUGA